AUGGUCUCCAAAUAAACUAGAAGUAUAGCAAAAGGCUUAGAAAAUCAGAUAAAAUGUUGUAAAAUUAAAGAAGUAAAAGUGUAAUUUAAUACCUUUGGGCAUCGUCUUGCUUAUAAAGCAAAGCCACAGGAAAAUUAAGAAAUUAUCUAAUAUCUGAGAGGGGGAGGAUGCAUAACGAGUAAAGAGUCAAGUGAAAUUGUUAAUUCAGUCGAAAAACCUUAAUCCAUUCCUCUAACAAUAUCAGACGAUUUUAUCCCUUAAUUAGUAAGGGUUGUUUAAAUAAUAUCUUGUAAUUCAUCAUAGAUAGCAGAUCAAUCUAAAUUUGAACUGACAUUGAUGGCGGUAUAGUGGUUAGCCUAUCACCGAGAAUCAUUUCAUGUAUUAGGAUCAAAAUCAGAAAUAUAGAAAUAUUUCAAAAUUAUAUCAGAUAGCUUCUAAAUUUUAAUGAAAGCAAGUCUAACAUACAUAAAAACAUCUAAUCUUUUAUGUCUAUAAUUGCUAUAAACAUGUACUAUUAUGGCUAAAAACUUAUAUGAUUAUUUUCAAUUUAAUGACAGAAUAUAGGAUUUUAACAAAGAGCAAAUUUAAGAUUGUAUUUCUUAAUUACAACAAGAAAAAUAGAGUAUGUCUCAAGCCUGGGCUACUUGUUUUGAAUAUGAAAUUAUCAUGAUUUAGGCUGCUGUAAGAUUCUAUCCAUCAGAUUACAAGGAAAUUGAAGUGAUUAAAGAAUAAUUUUUUCGUGGGGUUGUAAGAGUGUCUUAUCAUUUAGUAUUUCAGAUGAAUUAAUUGAUUCUUUGGUUUCUUCUAUUGGCUUAUUAAUUAAGAUUGGAUUCGAAAAAUACUAAAAAUUUGCCUCAAUAGAAAUCUUCAAACAAUAUUACCUAUUCGAUACACUCAAGUGGCUCCUUAUUGAAAAAAUAAGAAAUAAUUAUAGUAUAAAAAGUAUUUUAUCCACCUUAAAUAAAUUGUUUACUACAUCUGUUGAAAAAUCUAAGGAUUGGAUUACACAUUAUCAGUGGAUGAGACUAUUAUCAGAUAUCUUAAUUGAAAGGCCUUUAAUAAAUACUAAUAAACCAUAUUUUGUGAAAAAUGCUAAUUCAUGGUAAAAUUUCAUUGAUUAUUAAUUGAUAUCACCUCUAAAAUAAAAUAAAAAUGAAGCAGUUCUAUUCUUUGAUUAAAUUUCAGAAAAAAAUCUUAUUUAUUAGGAAUAUUAAGAACUUUGUAAUUAAUUUGGAUUGAGGAAUUCCUUUAGAUUUUUUAAGUAUCUUGAAAAACCAAUUCUUUUUGAAAACUUGAAAUAUUUGGAUGCAUAUGUUACUUUUUAAGGCGAAUUUAAUAAUUAACAAAUAUUAGCACAUUAAUGUUUCAAGAACAAUAUUUCUGAAAUAAUAGAAGGAAAAUCAAUAAAUGAUAUUGAAUUUAUCAUAAAUAAAAUGAAGUAAAUACAGACAAAAUUUAAUGGUAGUUAAAGAAUGGUUGAAGAGAGUUUAACAUAAUAUUCAAAACUUAAAUCAUAAAACUAAGUUACUGAAAUGUAUUUAGAAGAUAUACAUGAAAGCACCAACUACUUGAGAAACUAUAGUAUAAAAUUCAUCAAAGCUGCUUUUAAAUUAUAAUAUUACCUUAAAUUUGUUCACUUUUAAUAUAGUAUUAUUCUUGGAUUAAAUAAUCAAAAUGACCUAGAAAAUGCAAUUACGAAGAAUUUUAGUAAAAUCAAAGUUGAAUAUGAGAAAAUACUACAAGAAAAAUAAUAAAAAGAAUCAAAAGCCUCCAAAAUUUGGGAAGAAGUAAAUAAUUUUGUUUCAAAGUACUAUUGCUUGAUUUUUCAAGUUAACUAAAUGAUAUUUAAGAGUUUACAAAAUUCCAAUCAAUUGGAAACAGUUCUUAAAAGGUGGAUUUAAUUGUCGAAAACAAAAUACCUAUAAUUUGAUGAAAAUUUUAAGAAUAUAGAGAAAGAAGUUAAUGAAUUAAAGUCAUUACAUGAGAAAUUUAAACCGAAAUUAAUUGAAAUUACUGAUACUGAAACAAAGGUAAUUGAUUUUUUUUCAAAUAGAGCUGAUUAAGUUAAUUUUAAUUAAAUUAAUGAAUAUUUUAAGCUACUUAUAGAAUCAGAUUUGAAUUUAUUUCUAUAGAAACUAAGCAUUAGCACUGUAAAUAUGAAUACUGUAAAAACUAACACUGCAGAUACUAACACAGAAAAUGAUGAUGAGUUAUUAAAACAUUUUGAAUUAUAACAUAAUAUAGCUUUAUCAAGAAAACUUAUCAAAGUUUAACUCCUAUAAACUAAUAAACUACAAAUGGUAUUUUCUGAUUUUUGUAAAUCUCUAACUCAAAUUUAAAAUAUUAUAGUUUAAUAAGAAUAAAUUCUAUCUAAGAUUGUUAAUUUAUAUCAUUAAGGAAAAUAAAAAUUGAAAGUAGAAUCUGAAAAAUUGUCGAUAUUAUAAUAGACUUUAAAAAAAUCAUAAAAUCUUUAAAUUCUUCUUUCCUAAUAUAUAUAAUCCUAAUUGAAAGAAAAUAAAUAAGCAGAUAAUAGUGAAGAAUUUAAAAAUAAAAUUUCUAACUUAUUUUAUUAGAAUUCAGAAGAUUAUGAAAAAAAAGAAACAAAAUAAAUUACUUUAGAAACUGAAAUUCAUAAAAAUAUUUGUGAGAAUUUUAAUAGAUUUUAAAAAAAUAUAAUCAAUUGCUAGCCUAAUGAAGUUGUAAAUUAAAUUAUUGAAUUCUUAAACAAUUUUAUUUUGACUAUAGAAUUAAUAAUUUCUUUGUAUAAUGUAGGUGAUUUUUAAAAAUAACUCUAAAAAUUUUAUGAAAUAUUAGACAUAUAAUUAGUUACCAUUCAACAAGAAGUCAACCCUAACCAAUAUUUAAGAAGUUAUAUUUUUGAAAGAAAUGAUUAACCCUUAUCUUUAUUUUCAAAGGCAUAAAACGAUAUUGUCAUAGGAAUGAACAAAGUAUGCUAAUGUAUUUUAAUUAAUGAAUUAAUCAAGCCAAUUUUAUAAAGUCAAAAUAACAUGAUUUAAAAUAGUUCUUAAAAUUAGAAAAGUUUAGGCAUCAAGUCAAGGGAAUGUUUAGUUUAUCUUUUAAUAAGAAUGGCUAACCAAUCAAAAGAAUAAUAUAUAAUUGCAUAUGCAUAACAAUUAUUGGUAGAUUGUUGGAGUAAUGAAAAAGAUUAAGGUGUGAGAAACUUUAUCAAAAAUAAAGAAAUUUUAGAUUUCUAAAAAAAAUUGUUUUCUUAAAAUUUACAAUUAAUUAAUGAAAAAUUGAAAGAAUAAACAAAGUUUAAAUUUAUAUAAAUUAAAGAGUUAGAAAAUAAAUUAAAGCAGGAGAAGAGUAUCUUAGUAAGAGAAUAAAAAAGGGAUGAAAUUGAAAAGAAAUAUAAUGAAUUGGAGAAUUUUAUAUUAAAUAUAUAAGAUAUGAGUUAAAAGGUUGAUUUAGCAUUUCCCUUUCUUAUAGAAAUUAAUAAAGAAUUGUCUCUGAUAAAAUAAAAAGUUGAGAAUUUGCAAAAUAUUGUCAGUGAUAUUGCUAGAGAUAUAACACUAUUAAGAGGAAAGUCUUUUUAAGAGUUAUUAGAUAUCAGAAAAAAUACAGUAUUGUAAAACAAAAAGCUAAGCGAUCUAUAAAAUAUUUAUAUCCCAAAAUAUGGUUUGGAAAUUGAUCCUUAAAAAGGAACUAAAGAUUCAAAAAGAACACCCAUUUUGGUUGAUGAAUAGAAUAACUUAGAAGCUGAAGUCAACGAAUUUUUAUGGAAAGAAUAUUAAGACAAAGAUGUAUUACUUAUUCAUGGAAUUGCAGGAUCUGGAAAAAGCACUUUAGCUAGAAAAAUUGAAGAAUUUUUAUGGGGCUUACAUGAUUGGAAACAAAAAGGUUCUAUUAUACCAAUAUUUAUUUCAUUACCAUCACUUUAAGAACCGAGAUUUAACUUGAUAGAUUAAAUUCUUUAAUCUGAUAUUUAUCAAUUUGAUAGAAUAUAAAUUCAUGAAUUUAAAAAUUUUAUAUCAAUGCAAGAUCAUCGAGUUUUAUUUAUUCUAGAUGGGUAUGAUGAGUUGAAUUCAAAAUUUCUUCAAUAAAAUUUAUAUAGUACUAAUAGAAUAGAAAAAAUUUGGAAAGAUAGUAGAUUAAUAUACACUACGAGAUCUGAAGUACUAAUCCAAAAUUAAUAUUAAUAAUGGUUCUAAGGAAAAAAAAAAAAAUGUUAAAAGAAGUAGAAUUACAACCUUUUACUCAAUUUGAGUAAAAAUAAUAUGUUAAGGAAUUUUCAGUGUUAAAAUUAAAAUUAAAGAUACUUUAAUUUGUAGAAGAUGCACAUCAAAUGGAGUAAAAAAGAAUGAAUUAUUUUACAUUUGAAAAUUUAUGGUAAUAGAUUAAAUCAUUGAAAAUACAAGAACGGAAUCAUUAAUUGCUUAGUGAAGUUGAUGUAACAAAGAUAAGUGAGAUAGUUUAAAAUCAUGUAAAACAUUUUUUUUAACUACAAUUUCAAGAAUUGUAGUUAAAUCUGAAAAAAGAGAUUUCAGAAUUAUGGAGUUCAGUGAAAUUUGAAAGUUCAAUAAACUUUCUUGGCAUAAGGCCUAUUUUAAUUUCCCCAUUUAUGCUUAAUAUAGUUGUUUGUGUAUUACCAAGUAUGACAGAAUAUCAUUCAGAAAUAAAUAGGAUAAAGAAGCGUUUUAUUUAGAGAUUUAUUGAGCUUAAAUAAAAAUAAUUAUUGAUUUCUCGUAAUUAAAAGUAAUCAUUUUAAACCGAACCCAAUAUUGAAGAAGAUUAAAAUACAUUAUCUACAUAUGCCAAUAAAUUAUGGGAACAAUUAGAAGAAAAAGAAUAUUUUAACGAUUUUUCAAUUUUAAAUUAAAUAAAACUGCCUUAAGUUUUUAAUUUGGAGGAUCAAUCACUUGUUUUUAUGGCCAUAAAAUACUAAAACCUAAAAAUCCUUGAUUUCUAUAUUGCUUUUGUUUAAUUUUAUUAAAAUAAUUAAAUAAAAAAACUUAGUGAACAAGGAAAAAUAUAAGAUGAAGAAAUCUUCAAAAAGAACCUAAAUUUAUUUUAACAAGCCUUAGCCAUAGAUAUGACAUAAAAUUAACUUUCUUAAGUUAAUUAUGAGAAAAAAGUACAACUUAGACUUGAUGUAGAAGAAGACUUAGAAGAUGAUAAUAAUGAUUCAUGGAUGGAUAAAUAUUUUGAUGAUAGCAACGAAGGAAAUAACAAAAAACUCUUAAGAAAAGCCUCUUUAUUAUAUUAGAAGGGAAAUGUAUUUUCAUUUAUUCAUAAAUCUAUACAGGAAUAUUUUGUCUCUAUGUACUUAAUUGAUUUUCUUGAUUUUCUUCCAAAAAUUGACUAGAAUUAGAUUUCUAAACUCUUGGAAAGAUUAAUAUAAUAAAUUAAAAUGAAUGGAAAAAGUAAGUUUAAUAGCUUAAAAAUAUUAAUUGAAAACAUAAAAUUGUAUCUCAAACAAGAGGCUAGUGUCAAUCCGAAUAUCAUAUAGUUUCUCAAGAUUGCUAGUAAAAGUAAAUUUAGCCAGCUGUAUUUGUCCCUCUAAUCCUAUUAUGGAAUAUAAAAAUUUAUAUUUGAUGAAUUUAGAAUGAAAAAUGAAUCACAAGCUAAAUUAUUAUUAAUUAUUAGAUUGUCAUCCUUACUUUCAGAUUUCUUAAGAAUCUCAUCCAAUGGAUUAUAUCUUUAUACUUAAAUAUUUGGAGUCUUGCAUUAGAUUAAUUUGGAAUAUAUAGAGAUUGAAGGUGUUAACAUUUAAGGAUGUUCAUGUUAUAAUGUUAAUUUAAAUGAAACUCAAUUUCAAAAUGUUAAUAUAAGUUAAUGUUCAUUUAUUGCAUCUGAAAUGUAAUGUGUUAAUUGGAAUAAUUUGAUUUGUUCAGAAUAACCAAGAUUUGAUGGACAUGAAGAUGUGGUAUUCUCUAUAGUUUUCUCUUCUGAUGGAAAUACUCUCUUAUCUUCGAGCUAGUAUGAACCCACUAUACGAGUAUGGGAUGUAAAAUAAGAAAUUCAAUCAAGAAGAAUAGAUAUUCAUAAUAGAGAAGUUUAUCAAUUAGCAUUCUCCCCAGUUGGAGAGUUAUGGGCUACUGCACAUACUAAGGAUGGCUUAGUUACACUUUGGAAGAUUAAUUAGACAGUUCCAGUCAAAGAAUUUUCUUAUCAUAGUGGAAAAGUUUGUACUGUUAUAUUUUCUCCUGAUGGUAAUAUGCUUGCAUCGGGAGGUAUGGAUAAAAAAAUAUUUGUGUUUGACUUGUCAACUUUAUAACCUGUUUAUUACUUUUAUGGUCAUACAAAUACUAUUAUUUCACUUGAGUUUUCACCAACAUCCAAAGUUUUGGCUUCAGGAGGUUUCGACAAAAUUAUUUACAUAUGAGAAUUAAAAGAAAAAAGUUAGUUUAAACAACUAUUAGGUCAUACAGAGUAGAUUAGAUCACUUUCAUUUAAAAAUGAUAAUUUUUUAGUAUCUGGAAGCAUUGAUUAAACAAUUAGAUUAUGGAAUAUAAAGUCAGGUUAGGAAAUUAUUAAAAUUGGAGAAAAUAUAGAUAUUGGAAAAAUUUAUUAAGUUAAAUUUUCUCAUGAUAAGAAAAUUUUAGCAUCAAGUGAUAGCUCCACUAUAAUUUUACGGGAUGCUUCAACUUGGAAAAAAAUAACGAAAUUUGAAGGCCAUUCUGAUUUAAUACUAUGCCUUGCAUUUUCCCCAGAUGGAUAAACGUUAGCUUCUAGUGGUAGGGACAAAUCAAUUAGAUUUUGGAAUAUUCAUGGAGAAAAAAAUAUUUAAUAAUUAAAUAGUCAGUCAUAUAUAAAUUGUGUUGUAGUGUCACCAGAUGGAUUAUCUAUUGUUUCAGGUGGAGAUGAAUUAAUUAAAUAAUGGGAUUUAAAAGGAGGAAUUGAAAUUAGAAGAUUUAUAGGACAUACUGCCAGUGUUAAUGCACUUUGUUUUACUGAAAAUGGAUAGUAUUUAAUAUCAGGAGGAGUUGAUAAGAUAAUAAUAAUUUGGGAUGUAAAUUUAUCAUAGGAAAUAACAAGAUUUAUUGGGCAUUAAUAUGUAAUAAUGGAUUUGAAGAUUUCACCUAAUUAAAGGUUUAUAGCAUCAUGCGAUGAUUACUUCAUAAUAAUUUGGGAUCGAUAAAAAUCAAAAAAAGGAGGCUAUUAUUGGGAAUUAUCUAGUUAGUCUACAGUUACACGAUCAAUAGAGUUUUCUCUUGAUGGCAAAUUAUUCGUUUCAGGUGGAGAUAAUAAUUUAAUAACGGUAUGGGAUUGGGAAAAAUAACUCGAAAUUUAUUAGUUAAAAGGACAUACAGAAUAAUUAUUCCAAAUAAGAUUUUUUUCUAAUGGAUUAAGGUUGGCAUCUUGCAGUCGAGAUAAAACAAUUAGAGUAUGGGAUAUAAAGGAACAGAAGGAACUAUUUAAAUUGAUUGGGCAUUCGAAGCCAGUUUUUAAAAUUUAAUUAACAAUGAAUGAAUAAUAAUUGGUAUCUUGUAGUGCAGAUAUGACAAUUAGAUUUUGGAAUUUAAUUAAUUAACAAUAAAAAUUAAGAAUUUAAACUCAUUCUAAUUUUAUCUUAGGAUUUUCAAUCAGUCCUAAUAACAAAUAAUUAAUCUCGUUUAGUAUGGAUAAUACUCUGAAAUUAUGGGACAUAGAUGGCCAUCAUGGAUAUUAAUCAGAUAUUGGCCAUACAAAUAAAAUUACAGACAUAGUGUUUUCUCCAGAUGGUUAAAAGCUUGCUUCAUGUAGCAAAGAUAAAACUAUAAGAGUAUAUCAUGUUUAAGAUAAAAAGGAAAUUUUAAGAUUAGAAGGACAUAAAGAUCAAGUAUUCCAAAUUAUAUUUACAUCAAAUAAAUUGAUAUCAUGUAGUCAGGAUAAAACAAUUAAGAUAUGGGAUACAUUUAUGGGUCAUCAAAUAGCAAAUAUAGAAUGCUUAAAUAGUUUUGCUACAUCUAUAGAUAUCUCAUAAAAUUAAGAUUACUUGGCUUGCGGAUGCUAUGAUGGUUCAAUUUUGGUUUGGGCUAUUUAAGGUAAUUCAAACAUAAAUUUAAAAUUUAUGAUGGCUGGACAUAUACAAAUUAUUACAUCAAUUGUAUUUUCUCCUAAAGAAAACAUCUUAGUGUCUGGAAGCCAUGAUUAAUAAAUAAAAUUAUGGAAUAGCCAUACUGGAUUAGAAGUGAAAACAUUGAAGAUAAAAUUGUAAUUUAUUUAGAAGAUCAGAAUCUCUCCAAAUGGAUAAAACAUAAUUAUUAUAUGUUAAGAUGAAUUUAUUCGAGUUUGGAAUCUAGAACAGGAAAAUUCAAUAAUUACUCUAAAAGGUCAUAAUGAUGUAGUGCUCUCAAUAGCAUUUUCAGAAUUUGGUUUAAUCUCAGGAAGCAAAGAUAGAUCAAUAUGAUUAUGGAAUAUCGAAUUAGCUUAAGAGAUAUUAAAAUAAGAUAUAGAAACUGAGUGUACUUGUCUUGCAUUUAAUAAUAAAAGGAAAUAUUUAGCAUAUGCUAAUGAUGAUUAGAUUGUUAUAUGUGAAUCAUAUUAUUGUAAAAAGACUGUAUUAUAUUGCCAUUAACGUAAAGUUAAUUCGAUUGCAAUUACCAACAGUGGUUUAGUAGUGGCAUCUGCUUCUGCUUAAGAGAGCAAAAUACAAUUUUGGCAUUUAAAAAAUCUGUAAGGAUUCGGUUUUGUUUCUGCAAAAAAAGUUUGCUGUAUUUCAUUUAUGCCAAAUGAAAUUUAAUUAGUAUCAGGAGGAAUGGAUAAUAUUGUUCGAUUAUUUGAUUUAAGAACAAUUAAAUAAAUAAAAGAAUUUAUUGGGCAUACAAACAAAAUUAGUUCAAUAGAUAUUUCUCCUGAUAGUUCAACAAUUGUAUCUGAUAGUUUUGACUAGUCAAUAAUCUUUUGGAAUGUGGAAAGCGAAAUUAAGUAAAAAAUAGAUAUUCAAAAUACCGUUCUUGUUGUUAAAUAUUCAAUUUCAGGAUAAUUAGUAGCAAUAGGAGUGGAAAACUCGUCAAUAAAAAUCUUGGAAGCAAAUACUAAAUUAAAUAGCAAAUAAUUAAAUGUUUAGUUUAAAACAAUAAAAACUUUGGCAUUUUCUCAGAAUGAUUUAAUUUUAGCUUCUGGAGAUGAUAAGGAUGUAAUUUUAUGAUUUAUUAAAUGGAUAAAUAAUUACUUCACUAACAGGCCAUUCAGAUUUAAUAACAUCUGUAUAAUUUUAUCCAAAUAUAAAUAUUAUAGCAACUUGCAGCAAAAAUAAAACAAUGUCUAUUUAAUAUUAACCAAAUGAAAGAAUUUUGGCAACUUGCAGCAAAGAUAAAACAAUGAGAUUUUGGAAUGUAAAUAGCGAAAAUCAUAAUGAAGUCACAAUAGUAAAAUAGCUAGAAGGAUUUAGAUGCAUAUAAUUUGCACCUGAUGGCAAGACUCUAGUAUUUUGUGGUGCAUCUAAUGAUAUAAAAAUAUGGAAUUGUACUUUUUUAUAAGAAUAUCACACAUUUUUUUUCAAAUAAUGUUAAAAAGCCCUUAUUUCAUUUUCAGCAAAUGAACAAAGUUUGGCUCUAGAUUAUAUUGAUGGAUCAGUAAGAAUAUUUACAAUAUCAGAGGGAAAGUAGAUUUAAAAAAUUAUUUUAAAAGAUAUGGAAAUUCAAUCUCUCUGUAUUUCUCCAAACGGGAUGUAAUUAGCAACUGGAUUUAAAAAACAAUGCAUUAGGAUCUGGAAUAUAAUUGAUUCAACAUAUAAUGAAAUAGUAAGUAAUAUUUUAGAUGUUACAUCUUUGGCAUAUUCAUCAAACGGAUUGAUAUUGGCAGCUGGAAGUCAUUAAUAGAUAAUAUUAUUAAAUAGUUAAAAUUGGAGUGAAAAUAAACGAUUGAAGGGUCACACAGACGAUAUAGUUUCACUUUAAUUUUCUGAUGACAAUUAACUAUUAUUGUCAAAUAGUAAAGAUAACACUCUAAGAAUUUGGGUAAUUUAAACUGGGGAAAUAAAGUAAAUAAUGUAUACGUCAUUAAUUAAUGUAAAACUAGCAUUCUUCAAAGAAAAUAAUAAUGAUAGUAUAAUUAUAAGUAAUUUGGAAGAUGAUGCGAGAGAGAUUAUUCUUAAUACAUCUAAAGAAAUAAAAGCGAUUGGACUAAUAAAACGGGAAAUAUUCUUAGCCAAUCCUUAUAUUCAUCCAAUAGUUAUAAACAAUUAGAUUGGAUGUUAUAAAACAAUAGCUAAGUAGCUUAAUUUAUCAGCUUAAUAAUCUUUAAUUCAUGGUUCCAAAUUUACUGGUACCAAAGGAUAAUCUUUAUAGUAAUUGUUUCUAUAGAGAGGAGCUAUCAAUUGA